ACUUUAACUGUAAUUUCUCCAAUCACACUUAAUAGAUUAGAAGCAAGAAGUACUUUAAAAGUAUUCACACAAAUCAAAUCAGGUAAAGCACCAUGCACACGAGUAAAACAAUGAACUGACCCACCUCUGUGAAACUAAAGAACAAACUGGUUCCACCUACAAAACGCAAUGCAUCAUCAGCAUACCUCUGAAUGAUCACUGAACAUGGAUCACACAGCUGCUUUUCAAAACAUGCCUGUAGUCAAAGAAAAUCACAGUUAAGCACUUUAAUUAUAAUGUAAUCAUUUGAUUAACAAAAUAAAAAAUUAUACAUCAGCAUUUGGGUGGCGCCGCUGUAAAUUGCGGUAAAUUAACAUACUACCUCUGGGAUUCAGGGUUCGAAUACCCAGUGGUGCUAUCAACUGGUCAAGAGUCUACAUACAGACAUUGUUUGCUAAUGCUAUACCCUGUGAUGGAUUGCCAUUCUGUCCUGGGUGUGUUACUGCAUUGUACCCACUGAUUCCAGGAAAGCCAGACCCACUGUGACACUGACCAGGAUAAAGCAGUGAUAAUUAUAGUAUUUACAUUUACACUAAUCAUGGUUAGAGUUAUCGUGGCUCCGUAACCCCCCAAAAAACACUGGCCAAAAUACUUUGUAAAAGUUCACCGAUCUAUAGCAAGGCAACAUACUUCUUCACUCACACUUAGGGGCAAUUAGAACUAAUUUGAAAUGAAGCUGAAGCACCUGAAGGAAACCUAUGGAGGCAUGGAUAGAAGAUCCUUACAGACACUGACCAGAGGCAAGAAUCAAACCCAGUUCUCCAAAACCCAUGUUGCUGGGUGAUGGCAUAUCAACAACCAGCUGCUCCAAAAUUCUGGACAAAAUAAUUACUUAUCAUGAGUAAGCGUUAUAUAUAGUGUGUGUUGUUCUGUGAUCUAUGCAGUAUGAUCAAGGGUGCCACAAUAAAUAAAUUAUGAAUUUUGAACAACUAAUUGCCUGGGGUUCCUGUGGACCUUCUGUCCCCUCCUGCAUUUUGGAAUCACCAUACAUCCUUCCAUUUACAAUACCUUGACUGAUUAGCAAAUGUAUUUAUUUUAAACUUUGUGAGCACAAUUGAUUAAAUGUAUAACCACAUUUAAGAGAAUAGACUGUCUUUAUAAGUAAAUUCAGGUUAUACUUACAGCUUCACAUGCUUCAUUGUAGUUGACCUCAGAAAAAUCACAACAGUUCAGCGUUCUCUCCAAAUGCAUGGAGUCAGAUUUAUUCCAUCCAAUCUCCAGAAGCAGUUCCUACAGGAUAAAGACCAUAUAAAGAAGUUGCUCAUAACAUUGUUGUUCUCAACAUCUUAUUCCACUUUUAUUUUCGUCUUAUUCUUCUUUCCUUCCAAUUAUUUCUCAAUGUUUUUAAAAUCCUUUUUCCUUCUUUUCUUCCAUCCAUUCAUUCAUUCUGCUAUCUAUCUAUCUUCUCUGUUUUACAACAUAGAGGUAGCUAAAUAAAAGCUUAAUGUUUUUCUGUGUCAAUUACAAAACUACUUUAUUAAUCAUUUAAAUGUCAUUGGUAGUCAAGCAAGUUGUAUAAAAAAAUGGACCACUAUGGCUCAUGGGCUGGACAUUCACUGCGUUAACUCUUGCCCACACCUUUAAACAUAUAUUGUGUUGUAUGAAUUACCAUCUAUUCUACAGUGCGAUGCUUCCCAACAUGCAAGUAAGUAAGAAAACAAGGACUUUCCUACUUAAGACAGUAUACCUAGCAAAAACAAAACUGUCUUAUCAAAUCUUUGUCGUCUACUAAUACAGAUUUGAUUAGCCAUCGUAAUGUUUUGCUUACCUGUUGUUCUUUAUUGAUGGCCAGGCAUGCACAGGACACUGAAAAUUGUAUGAUAAAUACCACGAAAAGGAUGAACAUGUACUGUAAACAGUAAAGGAAAUGUGCAGGAAGCCUCAAGGUUGCUCGGCUGCAAAGAUGUCAGAGUCAACUGUCUGGAUGAGUAUGGAAUGACCCCCCUUAUGCAUGCUGCCUACAAAGGCAAAGCAGAUAUGUGUAAGCUGCUGCUGCAACAUGGAGCGGACGUUAACUGCAACGAGCAUGAACAUGGCUAUACUGCUCUUAUGUUCGCAGGACUCUCUGGCAAGACUGAGAUCACCAGGAUGAUGCUGGAUGCUGGAGCAGAGACAGAUGUGGUGAACUCAGUAGGCAGAACAGCAGCACAAAUGGCUGCUUUUGUUGGGCAGCAUGACUGUGUGACUGUCAUUAAUAAUUUUUUCUCCCGGAAGAGACUCGAUUAUUAUACAAAACCACAAGGUUUAGAAAAAGAGCCCAAACUGCCUCCAAAACUGGCUGGACCUUUGCAUAAAAUCAUCAUGACCACCAAUCUUAACCCUGUCAAGAUGGUGAUGCUAAUAAAGGAGAACCCUCUGCUUCUGGAUGUAGAAGCUCUUGAGAAGUGCCAUAAAGUGAUGGAGCUGAUCUGUGAGAAAUGUGUAAAGCAGCAGGACAUGAACGAGGUGCUGGCCAUGAAGAUGCACUACAUCAGCUGUGUGCUGCAGAAAUGUGGUUCCUUCCUUAAAGACCAACAAGAUAAGCUGGAAGGUCUUAUUAAAAGUCUACUGAAGGGUCGAGACAGCGACGGCUUUCCAGUGUUUCAGGAAAAAUUCCUACGUGAAUGCAUCCGAAAAUUUCCUUACUGUGAUGCUACUCUGCUGCAGCAGCUUGUCAGAAGUAUAGCACCUGUGGAAAUGGGCAAUGACCCCACAGCUUUGUCAGUUCUUACCCAGGCCAUUACAGGGCAAGUGGGCUUCAUGGAUGCUGAGUUUUGUACCACCUGUGGAGAGAAAGGAGCAGAGAAGAGGUGUUCCAUCUGCAAAAUGGUGAUCUAUUGUAACCAAGACUGCCAGAAGCUGCACUGGUUCACCCAUAAAAAAGUCUGCAAGAAACUGCAGGAGCAGAGACAGAAGCAUGAAUCUGAUUCAGCCAAACGACUAGAGAAACAGGCCAAAGAGUUGGAGGAGAAAAAAGCAUCAGAAGAAACAUCAAAUGCCAUGGAGGAUUUGUCUAUAGAGCAGAGAGAAGUUACCAGCAUGUCAGACACCCUUAUAAAAACCGAGAGUGCCGAACCCAUUCCAAUAAAUGCAGACUGAGUCAUGUGGGUGACAGAGACACGACAUCUGCCCAGUGCUGCACUUCAUAAUGAUUAUUAGAAAUGACUUGUGUAUAACUCUCUGAUCUCAAUGUUAUCCAAAAUCUGUCAAGAAGUUCUGCCAGGGAGUAUUUGGCAAAUGAAAUCUAAUGGAAAAUCCAACAGGUUUGCUAAACCGAUGCACAAAGGGUCUUUGUUCAUGUAUUAUGUAUUUAACUAUACUGUUAAUUUUUAGAUUUAGUACAGUUAGAAUUAUAUAAGUGAUUUGGAUGGAUGAACAGAUUUAGUCAAAGUAUUUAUAUAUUUAUGAUAGUUGCUUAAGUUAAAGGUAUUUCAAGAGAUUUAAGCAGAGGUUGGUUCCAUAACAUGAUGCUGUAAUUUGUUUAGGUUUUCCUACCAACACCAGGUAAACACUUUGCUUGGAGCAGAGUACCUGAAUGCCAGUGCAAUAAGGACUCAGAAUUGACUGGCAAGUAGAGAUGCCCUCGGGUCUUAAAAGGUUGGAUGUGCCUGCUCCACACGAUUUGUUUCCUUUUCUUUUUAUUCAUUUGACAUUAUGGCUGUCAUAAAACUGAAAUAUUAAUAGGUAUUUGGUAACCAGCUAAUAAGCGUGUUAUAUCUUGCGGUGAAGUGGGCAUGGUUUCUUACUAGGGAUGCAAAUUUUGACAGUUUCUUUUAACCAAUAACCAACUGUCAGUAGUCAAGGAUUAACUGAUAAACCAGCAAGCGUAGAACCAGUUCAGCGUCAUGUAUGUAGAAUGUCAGAUGGAGAGUUAACUAAACAUGCUAACCAUAAACAGCAUAACUAUUUAGAUGCAUGUGCCUUAAACCAUGUGGCCACGUCUGUAUUUGUGGUUGGGUAGUACACAUGACACAAAGCUAACUUGUUAACUCCACCUUGAUUGGUACUGCUACGAUAAAAAUAAAUCUCUAAACUGCUAGGUGGAAUGAAUUGAACAACAAAGCAAAUUGUGGUAAAAUAUCGUUGCAGCUCAAGUGGCAUCGCGGUAGCGUACCACUGCAUGGGUGUUUAAGUUUGUGAUUUUGACUCUCGCAUACAAGAACACAGUUGGCUGUGUUUGAGGGAGGGAAGGCCAGACAGGGUCACUUACCACUGUCUCUUAAGAUAUUUGAUCUCACUGGUCUGGACACCUGCUUUGGGGAGCAGGUGGGUCAUAUAGCGUAGCUCUCCUUGGCCAAAAGGAAGAUAUCACAAAUGUCAGUGAAUUUACAAUCGGUAAUUGGAAAUGACUAAAUUGGGAGAAUAAGAAGCAGGGGUCUCGUUUUAAUCUCAUUUCAAAAAUCAUUAAAUAACAAAAACGAUUGGAGUACUGUUGCUAGAUUUGUUCUUCAAUCUCAAUUUAAGUUGAAGUAAAAGAAGGGAGCGAUCGUUUAAAAAAAAUGUGGGUUAUAAAUUAGUCUUUUGUUUAUUAUACAUGGUUUUUAAGCACAAUAAUGAGAGCACGUUCGUUUUGUUUGACAGUAAGGAUGUUGGCUGUUGUCCGUUUUUGCUCCUCCAGGGGGCUGUGGUGAACCGCAUUUACACCAAACACACCACACUGGAGAACUUGAUAACAGAGCUCAAAACAAACUAAUCAUUCUUCACAGUUUGCAUCAAAAAUCUGGUACUUUCAGUCCAGUGUAAAAACUAUUAACCAGACCAGCUUUGUGUCUGGCACUCCGAAAUGAACCAUGUGUGAAAGUAAUCUGUACCCAAAGCCAGACAUUAAAUAAAGGCAUAAGGGUUUUCUAAA